AAUUAAUAUAAUGUCACAACCGUCCGAGACUAAACAAUCAAUUCAUAGUGGCAGAAUGGUACUCCAUCCGUCCUUGAAGUUAGAUAAAUCAGCAGCUUUUUUCAAAAGCACAAAAGUUAGUUCAUGUUCUUAUGUGAGAAUGAAAUAAGGAAAUCCUGAAGUAAUAUCCAUAAUAUCAAAGGCUGUUCCAUUCUAUGAAAUUGCAAACAAGACUCCAGCAGAACACGAAACAAAAUCCACAUACACUACAUCAACAUAUGCGUAAAAUCUUCAUUUUUAUAUAAGUGAUGAUUAUAAAGUCAAACCUUAUUUACAUGUUGGUUCAACUAAUAAAUUAUUGGAACCCUAUCACACAGGUUCAUUCAGAUCCAGAUUACCUGAACCUGAUGCUCCAAUUCUCACUAAAAAUGCAUCUCAAGUAGAAUUAGGAGAUAGACAGUAUGCAGUGAUAAUUAAUUUAGUUUCAAUGUGAAGAGACACUUUUUAAGCACAGCACAUAAUGUUUAUGGAAAUUUUGGUAAAUUUGGAAAUGUCACAAAUCCAGGAAUCCUAUCAGAGAAAACCAAAUGGCAUCACCAUUUAUAAUAAAAAUGA